UACUACGAUAUUUUGGAAGUAGCGCCGGACGCUGACGCGUCCGCCAUCAAACGCAGUUACUAUUUGCUGGCGCGCAAGUACCACCCCGACAAGUGCCCUAACGACGAAAAAGCUGCCAACAAGUUCAAAGAUGUGGCCGAGGCAUAUCAAGUUUUGAGUGAUCCGGAAUUGCGCGCCAAGUACAACAAGGAUGGCAAGGACGGAUUAUCGGCCGACAAGACAUCCGUGGCGGACGGCGGUGCGCCCAAGAUCGAUCCGGCGGUGCUAUUCGCCUUUCUGUUUGGAUCGGACAAGUUUACCAACUAUGUUGGCCGCUUGGCAUCGGCCACUUCGGCUGCGGUUGGUGAUUCUCCCAAGAUAUCCGCCAAGGAUGCGCGUACUCUGCAGAAGCGGCGUGUGACGCGACUAGCAAUCGCGAUGAUUGCCAAAAUUGCACCGUACGUGGAUGCUUGCGAAAGCAGCAGUGGUAGUACGGAGGCUCUAGAAGCCGAAUGGACGACUGAAGCCAAAGAGCUGUCCGAAGCCAGUUACGGACAUCAGUUGGUGACAACUAUUGGUCAAGUUUAUAACAUUAUGGCAGUCAUGUAUGAAGGCUCUACGGAAAGUGGCCAAGGCUUACCCAAGAUGAGUCAAUGGGCUGCCGGGAAACGUGCGAAAAUGAAUAACUCCAAGGCAGCCAACAAGAAUCAGAUGGACACCAUGAAAGCUGGGUUUGAUAUGGUCAAACUACAAUCUCAGCUUCAACAGAAAAUGGCAAAUGCGAAAUCGGACGAAGAGAAGCAAGAGGUUGCCAAAGAAAUGGAAGAGUCGUCGGUCGGUAUUUUGUUGCGCGUGCUGUGGACUACAACAGUGGUAGAUAUCACCUCCACGUUGCAUGAAAUGUGCCACAUGAUCUUUUACGAUCAGUCGGUCGAAGCCAAAACCCGAAAGCAUCGCGCAACGGCCGUUAAGAAGCUGGGUGAGAUUUGGAUGGAAAUUCCCGAGCCG